AUGAAACAUUACGACACAAAAGCUGCUAUUUUUUCGCUGCACCGAAGGGAAAACUGGGUCGCCUUACGCGUCGUCUCGUCCGUCCGUCCCGUCUUGGUGAUGCCGUUCACCAGUGCCUCCCCCACAAGGGUGGCCAAACACCUGCGUAACGUACAUAGUACAUCGUACGUCGCCAACUGCACCACCGCCAGCUUCAACCAGCCCAGCUACGGCACUCCGUUUCCGGUCUCCAACACCACGGCCACCAGUUCACGACUGCCAUCUCCACUUCGUUCAGAAGGUCACUGGGCGAUCUCCCCUACCCUCCCUGGGACCCUGGGAGGUCAACAAGGCUCGGAUUUUCAGCCAUGUAUCCGUACGGUCCUUGGGCUCCUUCGGCCAACCCCAUCCUCUCCGUCCACAACGGCUACUGAGCGCUUCGCUGGUGAUAUGUCAUUUGUGGCUAACCCUGGCGGCGACACGGAUCCUGGAUUUGUGCCCACCCACACCGGCUACCAAUCACCCCGCCGGUCUGAGCAUCCCGGUUAA